CUGCAUCCCUAUAGGUCCAGGGCUCAUAGUGUCGAUCCAGAUCAGAUCAUUUUUACCCGAUCCAUUGCGAGAGUUCCCCAGGGAGGGUUUUUGACAGAGAGACGUUGCUUAGGGUUUACGAGGGGUUUUUUCGAGUAUAGGAUUCUUCGUUGAGUUUUUUCCCGUCGGAAGAUCUGGUUCGCCUCUUCAUCUCCCACCAGUAAAUGGGUACUUCCGAUAAUUGUGAUAUGCGUGUAAGCGGAGUAGAUGGAACAUUCAUCGGCGCCGGAUGCAACAGAGUCGUGAAUAAUGUCUCGUGGGGUGCCUGCAAUUUGGUUGCCUUUGGUGCCCAGAAUGCCGUGGCCAUAUUUUGCCCCGAGAAAGGGAGGAUCUUGACAACUCUUCCUGGUCAUAAAGCCCUUGUGAACUGUACUUGUUGGAUCCCUAGUUCUAAGGAUGUAUUCAAAGUUCAAACACAAGAGCAUUUUUUGCUUUCUGGAGGUGCUGAUGGGGUUAUCCUUAUGUGGGCAGUAUUUCUUAAAGAAAUGCAGUGGAUGUAUGUAAUGCAAGUGCCAAAAUCACAUGGAAAAGGUGUGACGUGCAUUACUGGACUUCUCGUUUCAGAAGGUGCUUCUCUAUUUGCUUCCACAGGAUCUGAUGGCAUUGUUUUUCUCUGGAAAAUGGAUCUUCCGUCAAGCUAUGGAGAUGGCUGUGAAAUGACAUGCCUGGAUUCUAUCUCUGUUGGGAUGAGACCCAUGGUUGCACUCUCAUUGGCUUCGUUGCCAGAAAAUCCUGGACAGUUGGUUCUUGCAAUGGGGGGACUUGACAACAAGAUUCAUUUAUAUUCUGGAGAAGGAAGUGGAAAGCUUUCACCUGCUUGCGAGUUAAAGGGACACACAGACUGGAUCCGGGGAUUGGAUUUUUCAUUACCAAUUUCUGUUGAUGGAGGAUCAGAUUUUUUAUUUCUGGCAAGCUCAUCACAGGACAAAACAAUACGUGUAUGGAGGAUAGCAUUGCGUGAACUUCCAUCCAAUGCUCAAGCAACAAGCAUCCAAAACUGCAUUUCCAUGAUGUCAUAUAUUGAGGGUCCAGUUUUCACGGUUGCAGAUUCCACCUAUCAGGUUUCUCUUGAAUCUCUUCUAGUGGGACAUGAUGAUUGGGUGUAUUCAGUGGAUUGGCAACCUGCUCUUAUCAUGGAUGACAGCAAAAAGGGUUGGAUUCAGCCCCAGAGCAUUUUAUCUGCAUCUAUGGACAAGACGAUGAUGAUAUGGAAGCCUGAAAAGAAUACCGGUAUUUGGACAAAUAUGGUCAGUGUUGGUGAACUCAGCCAUUCUGCAUUAGGCUUUUAUGGCGGCCAUUGGGGUCCUCAUGGAGAUUCAAUUCUAGCUCAUGGAUAUGGUGGAUCAUUUCAUUUGUGGAAGAACGUAGGCUCAGAACAAGAAAAGUGGCAGCCAAAGGUAGUUCCAUCAGGGCACAGUGGUACUGUAACUGAUUUUUCGUGGUCCAGAUCUGGUGAAUAUAUUCUUUCAGUGAGCCAUGAUCAGACUACUCGCAUUUUUGCUUCAUGGGAAAGUAAAAGAUCCUCUGGCGAGAAACCUUCUUGGCAUGAAAUAGCUCGGCCACAGGUUCAUGGUCAUGACAUUAAUUGUGUAACAGUUAUUCAGGGGAAAGGCAAUCAACGAUUUGUUAGUGGAGCAGAUGAAAAGGUUGCUAGAGUAUUUAGUGCUCCACUCUCAUUUUUAAAGACACUAAGACAUGCUUCGGCACAAAUGACAAGCUAUCUGGAAGAUACUGGAGAAGAUGUUCAAAUUUUAGGUGCAAAUAUGUCUGCUCUUGGGCUAUCUCAGAAACCUAUCUAUGUUCAUUCAGAGCACAAUACAGCAGCUAUGGCCACACAAGUUGGUUCAGAACCAUUGGAAACUAUUCCAGAUGCAGUUCCAAUUGAACUAAUGGAACCCCCGAUUGAGGAGCAACUGGCAUGGCACACUCUAUGGCCAGAAACACACAAGCUUUAUGGUCAUGGAAAUGAGCUUUUCUCCUUAUGCUGUGAUCACGAAGGGAAGCUUGUUGCUUCCUCGUGCAAGGCGCAAUCUGCGAAAGUUGCAGAAAUAUGGCUAUGGCAAGUAGGGUCAUGGAAGGGUCUGGAUCGUUUACAAUCCCACAGCUUGACUGUGACUCAGAUGGAAUUCUCUCCAGAUGACUCUUUCCUGUUAGCAGUCUCAAGAGAUCGCCAUUUUUCUCUUUUCUCAAUAACACGAGAUGGGCUGCAAGAGGUCAGUCAUAAACUUGUUGCAAAGAUUGAAGCACAUAAGAGAAUUAUAUGGGCAUGCUCUUGGAACCCACACGGCCACCAGUUUGCAACUGGUUCUAGGGACAAAACUGUGAAGAUAUGGACAGUCAUUGUCAGCCCUGAUGAGGAAGCUUGUGUCAAGCAGCUGAUGGUGUUGCCACAGUUUGCUAGCAGUGUGACGGCUUUGUCUUGGUCUGGUGGGGUUGGGCUUUGCAAUGGGCUUCUUGCAAUUGGUAUGGAAGAUGGCCUAAUUGAGCUAUGGAGCACUAGCACUGAAAAAACUGCCAGUGAUUCUUUAGUUCCAUCAAAGUUCAGUGCCAGGCCUGCGUUUCGGUUGCAUCCAUUUCUAUGCCAUGCUUCCACAGUGCAUCGCUUGGCUUGGAGGAAAAACCAUGAGGAAGAUACAGGUGGCGAGAUGACCUUGCAACUUGGUUCCUGUGGUGCUGAUCAUACUGUGAGAGUGUUUGAUGUAAAGAUUAGUAAUUUCUAGUGCCACUUAUUCGAUCGCAAGUAGUGGACUUAUUACCAGCCACUUUACGUGCGCAAGCAAGCACAUGGGUGUUACAUGCUAGUUUGGUAUUGUGAGGUAAAAUCUCUGAAGUUGCAACCAGAGAUUGCACGUUUAAAGCACAUUCGACCAGUUGGCUGCAGAUCAGAGGAAGAUUCUUUGGUGACUGUUUGGCGUAAAAGAAUUCGUAGAAAAAGAUUUUACAGUCUAAAUGAAGGGAAUAAUAUUGGGAUUCGUUUCAUUAGUAUCCUUUUCAAGUCACUGGAAAGGAGGAGCUUGGUUGUGGCAGCGUGGGAAAUUUUUGCAGCAAAUAGUUCCAUUUUCAAGUGCUUACAACUUGAGGCUUUGAGGAACACCUGUGGCAUCCUUGCUGAAAAUCCAUGUAGAUGUUGGUGAGAUCGCUAGUUUUUUUUACGGCUGUGAGAGAAACAAAGAGAUCAGUUUUGAUAAUGUAAUCCCACUCUGUAAAUUAAUAUUUUUCAACAUCAUUGAUGAUUCAUGACCACUACCACUCUGGCAGGCUGGAACUUACAGAAUCCUUGGGCUUUCAUAAAGCUUUAUCAAGCAUUUCCAGAGUUGUUA